UACAUUUAAAUCCUUUACAACCGGAACGUAUUUCCGGCCAUUAUUGUUUUUCUCCCGUUUAUUAUAUUUAACGGACGUCGGUGGGUAGUUUCUUGUCAAAUGACUAGCUUUAUAGAAACAAGUUGUAAAGUAAAUCGUGUGGAAACAUGGAUAGAUAAGGUAGCGGGGUUUUACAAACAUCAUUGAGUGAUUAAUACUGUAAAUAUCACGUGUGGUUAAUGGAGUACUAGGAAGGCGUUUUCCAUACGGAACGCUCGUUUUUAACCACAAAUCCGGGGAAGAUUAUCUGCAGCGCUCCUGUGCUUUUAGCCAAUAGUCUAGCAGAGGUGAGUGGUGUACUGUAUACGUUUAUUAAUUCACUAUUAAUACAUGUGUUGUUGUUAUUUUUUACACGAGUUAUUUUGAAAGUGAAAGUUGAGAUGUGGUUUUUAUGUGGCGUUUAUAAAUAUUUAAACCCGAACCUUCCAUAUGAAUGCAUCUAACUCUGAUCUAACUUGCACGGUAGGCUGGGAACUUUUUAGUGUCGCGCGCUGGGACGUCCUAUUGCUAUUAGCCUCAAGAGAAAGAGAAGAGAAGAGAAGAGACGUUGAACUGAGCAUUUGACUCCACUAAAUCAUCACAUGCUGUAAUGCCACAGUCCAACGAGCUUCAUGUUACUAUUUGCCCAAAAGCGAAACGGCCUAAACCUAUUUGUAUUGGCCCAGACAAGUAUAAAUGCCAGUUCUGCAACAGGAAGGGGGAAUAUGCGGCGCUUGUGGCUCAUAUACAAACUCACGAGAAAACAGCGAUUGAAUUUCAAGAGAAAAAAAUCUACAAAUGCAACCUAGGAUGCAGUAAAAGCAGCCACUACCAUUGCUGCUCCUGCAAGAAGACUAUAAUCUCACGAAAUUACUUCACUGAGCAUAUACACAAGUGCGGAUUGCCCAUAAACAUGCAGGUGUCCUCGCUGUGUAGUUCUUCAAUGGUCCCCAGCACUACAACAGCAUCGUGUAAUAACUCUGCCCCUCCAGUCAACACCUCAGUACCUAUACGCAGUGACAAUAAUGGCUCAGACCCUCAGUGCAGUGAAGACAGUGUCACAGGGAGCCUGAAUGUCCUUGACAUUAAAGUCAAGUCAGCCAGUCCUCCAUCUUUGCCUGGUUCUUUGACUGCCCCAGUUACACCCUCUUACAGCCAGGAUAUUCUUAUGUCUGUGAACCCAACCCAUAAUAUCUGUGCUGGUAGCCUCAAAGUACUGACAUCAAGGCCCAAAAGAAUCACGUGUUGCUUCUGCAAUUUGAUUCUGAACAAGAAAAACAUCAAAGUGCACAUUCAAAGACGACACAUGUCUGCUAAUCCAGACUUGCUGCAAACGAAUGGACUAAGCCAUACACAUGCUGCCUCUGGCAACAUGGAGGACCUGGUAGCAGAAGGCAUUACACUCAAAAUGCUUAAUGAUGCUCGGGAGACAGUCAUGAGCAGCCCUUUGGGAGUGAUCAAAACACCCAUGAUCCUCUGGAGCCAGACCACACUGCCACUCCAUGUGCCUUGUAACGCCUAUCUGAAGUUGGAGAACAUGCAGAAGACUGGGUCAUUUAAGAUUAGAGGUGUAGCAAAUCAGUUCGCCCGAAGAUCCAGUGGGGGCCAUUUUGUCACAAUAUCUGCUGGGAAUUAUGGGAAAUCCUUUGCCUAUGCCUCUAAACACUACAGAACUAAAGGCAAAGUGGUGAUGCCUGAAACGUCUCCUAUCUCCAGAGCUCUGCUAAUACAAAGUUUUGGCAUCGAGGUUGAACGAGUGCCGACCCCGUGUCUUAUGGAUGUCGUCAAUCGAUGUGUUCAAGAGGAAAAAAUGACUUUCCUUCAUUCCUACAAUGAUCUGGAUCUCAUAACAGGGCAUGCCAGUGUGGGGUUUGAGAUCCUGGAGGCGCUUCCUUAUCCGGAUGUGGUAGUAGUGUGCUGUGGUGGAGGGGGAUUACUGGCUGGAGUAGCAGCAGCCAUUAAGCUUUCAGGUUGUGAAGACACAAGAAUUUACGGAGUGGAACCAGAAGGAGCAUGCACCAUGUACAAAAGCUUCAUUGAGAAAAAACCGGUUGGAAUGGACAGCAAAAGCAUCGCUUCUGGUCUUGCACCACCAUUUGCAGGUGCCCUGCCAUAUGCAUUGUGUCAGAAGUAUGUGGAGGAGAUAGUGUUGGUGACUGAUGAUGAAAUCAAGUCUGCCGUUUCUGCUCUCUACAAAGCCGGUCUAGUUGUAGAACCCUCAGGAUCUGCUGCCUUCGCUGCCCUCGUUAACAACAGAAUACCAGACAUUACUGGCAGGAACGUUGUGGUGAUCCUGAGUGGAGGGAACAUGGGCAAAGAUGAGCUUACCAGUUUCCUGGACUGAUUUACACAAUACCGCUUUCUUCAAUUAUCUUUAUCUGUUUAAAGAUUUUUCAGGAGUAGAUGAAGACCCAGAUCAUUACAUUUCAUAUAUGGAAAACACUAAAAGCAAAUAAGUUGGUUGCAUAAUAAAAU